CUGAGACUGAGGAAAGAAUAAGAGACAGCAAUUUAGUCCCGUUUGUCGCAAACCCACCCGGGACCGCUUCAUUGCAGCCAAUUUCCUUUAUCCAGCCUAACCUCACUGCCGUUAGCUUGAGUCGCGCGUGUCACGCCAAAGAAUUUCAACUACACCCCGUUCCUGGAUCGAUCGAGCCAACCAAUUCACAGUUUCAUGGACCUGACGGAACGCUGGAUCCGUCAAUCGAUUGCACACAGCAACCGCUGAACACAACACAUUCUCUUCAUUCCAAACCAAACGACUUCUAGAUUCCACCGCUUGCAUAGCCGGCUGCGCGGGGAUCAAAUCUGCUUGCUACUGUUGUUCAACAACAUCUCGAUCGACUCUCAAUCACGAGAAUAUCGAGCGCAUUAACCACCCAACCGACCGACCGACCGACCGACCCGACCCACGCUCGUUUUAACCCUCGACGACUCGCGCUUGAGCGCACAUCACCCGGCCACGCUCACGGACCGAACCCACGUCAACGAGCACUAGACAAAAUUCAAUACUUGUUCGUGUACACGCUUGCAGCUUUCUGGUCGGGGCCACAUUCGUCGGUGCCAUAGCUUUUUGCCGUCCUCCUCACAUGGCUCUCUCAUAGCCUGACCUCAUGAUCCGUGCAUUUUUUGCCGUCAAUCAAGUUCUACCGGGGACGACGGCCACACGACGCACCGAUCGUUUGAGGUAGGCUUCAGCUGCCUGACGAGAUAGUCUCGAGAUGAGACCUCUUUGUCGGCGGCGUUCUGCGCGUCGAAAGCAGAUGCCCGACCCUUUCUCUUCUCUCCUCACAGUAUGCGCACUCGCAUCAAUACCGACAGCAAACGCCGUCAACUUCAAACCCGCCCCCCAGGCCAAUCUCGACCUCUCACAAUUGGGGCGUGUUGGCCUCGCAGGUGAUUUUUCAGGAUUGUCUCUAUACCAGUUUGAGGGGCAAUCGGAAAGCCAGUUUAAUUCGAAUGGAAGCGAGUCACUACUCGCGCGGGCGCCCAAUGGAGCGCUCGCCACCGUUGUCGGCACGGAUGCGUCGAUCAAUGCCAUGUGUGCAUAUGUUUUGAGCAAUGGAGAACUGGCCGGAGUGGUACUGGGCGGAAACUUCACUAGCAUCGGCUCUCAAAAGUCGCCAGCAAUUGCAAUCUUCAACCCGAAUAAUUCACAGGCCACACCUUUGCCUGGGCUCGAAGGCCGUGUCGACGCCGUUUUGUGCGAUCGAGAAUCUAGCACAAUCUACGUUGGGGGUACUUUCCGGGGUAACAGCUCAACCAAUGCCAUUACUUGGAAGAACAAUCAGUGGACCGACCUUCCUUUUGGUGGUUUUAAUGGUCAGGUGCGAUCUAUCUCCAAAGCCUCAAACGGGCACAUUAUUUUCGGAGGAGACUUCACUGGGCUGGGGAAUGGAAGCCUCCCUAGCCACCCUGACGGACAGGCCAUCAACAUCGACAAGUCUAAUAUUACAGCCGGCUCUUCGUCCUCGACCAACGGGUUCAGUGAUCCCAGGAACAUCGUAUGCAAGGCGGCCGGAGCCACUGGCGCGGGAAAUACGUGGUUGCUCCAAGAUAACACGCCAGGCUUUUGGCAAGCAAGCUUCAGGUUUGGCUUCCAGCCGACAAAGCUCCGUCUACGCAACACCCACCAGGACGGUCGCGGCACGAAGACUUGGCGCUUCACUGCUCAACCGAUUAAUGGUAUUAUGAACUUUACGUACAUAGACCCAGCAACCGGGAAGAACGCCUCCUGUACCAGCGAGUGUCCACUGAGCAACGACAGCAGCCUCCAAUACCAGGACUUUCACUUUGUCAACGUGAUUGGCAUGAACGGGUUCCGCAUUGACAUUUCCGAGUUCUACGGAAGUGGCGGUGGUCUGGAUGGGAUCGAACUCUUCCAAGAUGAUAUCUUCACCUACGCCAUUAAUGACUUCAACGAGCCAUCUUGCGCUGGGGCUACCAACCCUUCAUCUGCGACUGCCACUGGCCCAUUUUCAGUUUCAGCGUCUCUGCAGAGUCAGUCUCAGUAUCUAUCCGCACGGCUCUCAAGCCCGGUCACGUCCAACUCUGCGUCCGUUGUCUUCUCUCCCGACAUCCGUAGCUCGGGUGACUUUUCAGUAAACAUGUACACACCAGGUUGCAUACCUGAUAAUACCUGUGAUACCAGAGGCCAGGUCAACGUGACCAUCAACCCUCGGCCAGGUGUCACUCAGUCAGUUCAACUGUUCCAGACCAACAAUUUCGAAAAAUAUGAUCAGAUAUACUUUGGUCAGAUGCAAACUACCGGUUCCUUCCGACCCACCAUCACAAUGACACCACUCAACGGACAGUCUCUGGACACAAUGACGUUUGUUGCUCAGCGUGUUGGUUUCGUUCAGGUCAACUCCACGGGUGGUCUGAAUGGGUUGUUUGACUGGGACCCAACAAAGACGAGUAUUGAUGCUAACGAGUUCGACUCUUCCCCCUUCCACAAACUUGGCUCAUCUCUUGGUACCUCUACCAGCGUUGUUGCAUUAGCAGCGGCCGGAGAUGUGACCUUUGUGGGUGGUGAUUUCGACGGCGACGGAGCCCGUAACAUCGUUGGUGUCAACUCUGCCAACAAUGGUAGUACUCAACCGUUAUCUGGGGGCCUGAAUGGCGCCGUGGCUACCAUGGCACUGGCUGGCACUAAGCUAUAUGUCGCCGGCAGCUUCUCCGCCACUCAGGACAACUCAGUCAGAGAUCUCAACAGUGUAGCUGUUCUAGACACUGCCACUAGAACAUGGUCAGCUCUCGGCGGUGGAGUUGAGGGCAAUGUUCGAAACGCCGUUUUAAUGACAAUGAACAUUACCGACUCUCCUGAUGAGACGGUGGUCGCCUUCAGCGGCUCGUUCCGACAGCUUCGGUCAUUUGGUAGCAACCCUGCCGUACCCGUGAAUGGGUUUGCCGUCUGGGUGCCAUCGCAGCGGAACUGGCUCAACAAUCUCGAUGGAGUCGAGGCUAUCGAUGGCCUUCUGUCGUCCUCGAUCUUGGACGUACCUGGGAACGGAAACUUUUACGCCGGCACAGUGUCUUCGGCCUCACUUAGUGCGCACGGAGCCGCAACUUUAUUCGGCAACUCGGUUGGUCGGUUUCCUGCUAAGAUCCAGUCCAGUGCGGCAUCAUCGUCGACAUCGAACCUCACCAAACGAGACUCGUCCCUCAACAGCGGGUCAUCGGGUGUGAAUGCCGGCGCAUUUUACGGGAACGACGGCAGGAAUAUGACGGUGCUGGCAGGACAUUUCACAGCCACGGCGACGGAUGGCAACACUGUUCACAAUAUAGUCAUCAUUGAUGGUGGGGACAAGGACACUGUCACAGGCCUCAACCAGCUCUCUGAGAACUCCACCUUUAGGGCAGUGGCGGUUCAAGGAGACACUCUUUUUGCGGGUGGGAACGUCACCGGUAACGUCAACGGCGUAACUGUGAGCGGACUGAUCUCGUACAACUUGGCUAGCAAGACCUACAACACUCAACCGCCAGCACUCUCUGGAGGCAACUCCACCGUACAGGCAAUCGUCGCUCGUCCCGACUCUUCAGACGUAUAUGUCGGAGGGUCCUUCACUUUGGCAGGUUCUCUGGGAUGUCCUGGUGUCUGCUACUAUAGCGCUUCAUCAGGAGUCUGGAAUCGACCGGGCUCCAACCUCGAAGGAUCAGUUCACAGUAUGAUGUGGAUGAGCAACUCGAUGCUCGUGGUCGGCGGCAACAUCACAAUUAAUGAUACGAUGAAGACGAACUUGGCCCGAUACAACACUGGUUCUAGCAGCUGGGACUCAUUCCCUGGAGCCGAUCAGCUUCCCGGUCCAGUGGAGGUCUUGACACCAGCAUCGAAGGAUGGUGAUCAAAUCUGGGCUUCUGGAACAUCGGCUACGAACGGUUCGGUUUACAUCAUGAAGUACGACGGAUCAAAGUGGCUCGAAGCACCGGCUCUGGGUCAAGGAUCUAUUGUUCGCAGUCUCCAAGUGUUCACAUUAACAUCCGACCACGACAGCACUGAUAUCGUUUCAUCCAAUCAAGCACUCAUGCUCACUGGAUCCAUCAGGAUUCCCAGUUUUGGAUCCGCGUCGGCUGCUCUCUUCGAUGGAACAUCAUACCAAGCGUACGCCCUCACCACCUCGAGUGAUCGCACUCCGGGCUCAAUCUCUCGCGUCUUUGUGGAGAAGUCCCAAUUCUUCACUUCAACCGAGGGUGGGCGCCUUCCAUUGGUGGCUGUUGUAUUGAUCGGUCUCGGAAUUUCCCUGGUGCUCAUGCUUCUUAUCGUCCUCGCUGGUCUCUUCAUGGACCGACUUAGAAAGAAGCGCGAGGGUUACGUACCGGCACCUACCUCCAUGUAUGACAGAGGAAGUGGGAUCCAAAGGAUUCCACCGGGAGAGUUGCUGUCGAGUCUAAACCAAGGCCGACCUGGUGCGCCAACAAUAUGACGCACAUAGAGAGGCAACGCAGUGUACAUGAUGGAUGUCGUGAGUUCACGACCAUAUACAUGGGGGCUUUCGGCGUUCUGCGGGCAUAUGCAUUUCGAGCGAAGCUUUCCAUCAAAAUUAUUCUGCGGCAACCUACAGAUUUCGGACCCAAGGGCUUUCUCGUUGGUUGUGGAAGCACUAAGCUUCAGGCAUAGAGGAAAUCCCCUUGAGCUUUCGGGUCAUUGAGUUUGUGGCCCUACUUUGAUACCCCCCUCUGGCUCCUUGUUUGAGCCAGCUGGACCUUUUCCAGGGCCGCAUAAUGCACAUUCGGAGCCAGUCAUCAGGAGUUGAGGCUUGGACAAUAUUGAAAUUGUUCCAUAUUGCCAGCCUAUGCAUACAGAGCAUUGUACUUUUGUUCUCUUUUUCUUUCUUCUUUCUCUUCUUUUCUUCCCAUUUCUACUACGACUCACGACCAUGUAUGUCGGUAAUGUUUACCUGUCUAUUUUUGGCCCGAAAAAAAAACGGCCGCCAUAUACAAGACACACUUUUCGCUAGCCGACUUUUUUUUGUCACCUUCACCAUUCCACACUUACAUACGCGAUGUACAUUAUACUCCAUACAACCGACUUCAUAGCCUGGGCGACUCCUUCGGCUUACUUUUUCUAUUACCUACUGUUUCUGGCUACCUGGGGCUUGUUUGCGGAGUUGAAAAACCAUUGUCAUCGUUUUUCCUUUAUUCUUGAACCCGGUGUGUUUCUUUUCUCGUCAUGGCAUAUAGCCCGCGGCUAUGUACUGGGCUGCCUUAUGGUCUAUUUCAUUUGUCUUGAGUGCGCAACUGGUUGAACUGUUCGAUCCAGUUGUUGAGGCUUGCUGCUCGUUCCAAGUGACGCUUGCAAAGGGAAAGGGAAAGGGAAUGGACAAGCCAACUAGCCAGAAUUAUCAAAGCUGUUACGGGUUUCUCCACCUUGACAAGCCCAGGUUGUGGAUGAAAUAUCGAACCUGGUAAUAGCUUGAACCUCAUAAAAAUCGAGGUGGGAAGGUAGAUAGAUAUCAAUAAUGGGACAUACCAGCAGUCUCUCGAAACUUUUAUCGCGAGCUUUUCUGUGUUUCACAUUAUCAGUACCAAGCCUUAAAUGUUAGACUAGCGAGUUGUUGAAUAUGGAUCAACGGCAUGUUUUCUUUUCGAGAUUCUCAAUAGGAUUCAAAUAUAUUGGACUUUGCCC